GAGCAUACAACACGGGCACCGUCGGCCAUUGGACGUCAAUUUGUGUUUGGACGUGAACGAAGCUGCUUCGAUCGCUUCUUGUCUGACAUAAAAAAACUCCAAGUUUUUUACUUCAACAAUUCGUUCCUAUCCAACGACAACACUCAAACUUCAAAAUGCGUGAAUGUAUCUCCGUACACGUUGGCCAAGCUGGUGUGCAAAUUGGUAAUGCCUGCUGGGAAUUGUACUGUUUGGAACAUGGAAUUGCUCCAGAUGGUCAAAUGCCAUCUGACAAGACCAUUGGAGGUGGAGACGACAGCUUCAACACCUUCUUCAGCGAAACUGGCUCAGGCAAACAUGUGCCAAGAGCUGUGUUUGUUGAUCUCGAACCAACUGUUGUUGAUGAGGUAAGAACUGGAACAUACCGCCAGUUGUUCCACCCUGAACAAUUGAUCACUGGUAAGGAAGAUGCUGCCAACAACUAUGCACGUGGACACUACACUAUUGGAAAAGAGAUUGUUGAUGUUGUUUUGGACAGAAUCAGGAAAUUGGCUGACCAGUGCACUGGUCUUCAAGGUUUCUUGAUCUUCCACUCUUUCGGAGGUGGUACUGGAUCUGGUUUCACAUCUUUGUUGAUGGAAAGACUCAGCGUUGACUACGGAAAGAAGAGUAAAUUAGAAUUCGCCAUCUACCCAGCCCCUCAAGUCUCCACUGCUGUUGUUGAGCCAUACAACUCCAUCUUGACCACACAUACAACUCUGGAACACAGUGACUGUGCAUUCAUGGUCGAUAAUGAAGCCAUCUAUGACAUUUGCCGUCGUAAUCUCGAUAUUGAACGUCCAACUUACACCAACUUGAAUCGUCUUAUUGGCCAGAUUGUUUCUUCAAUCACAGCUUCUCUCCGUUUCGAUGGUGCCCUCAAUGUUGACUUGACUGAAUUCCAGACCAAUUUGGUCCCAUAUCCCCGUAUUCAUUUCCCAUUGGUCACCUAUGCACCAGUCAUCUCUGCUGAAAAGGCUUACCAUGAACAAUUGUCUGUAUCAGAAAUCACCAAUGCUUGUUUUGAACCAGCCAACCAAAUGGUUAAGUGUGACCCACGUCACGGCAAAUACAUGGCUUGUUGUAUGUUGUACCGUGGUGAUGUUGUACCUAAGGAUGUCAACGCUGCCAUUGCUUCCAUCAAGACCAAGAGAACCAUUCAGUUUGUUGACUGGUGUCCAACUGGUUUCAAAGUUGGUAUCAAUUACCAACCCCCAACUGUGGUACCCGGUGGUGACUUGGCUAAAGUACAACGUGCCGUCUGCAUGUUGUCCAACACUACAGCUAUUGCUGAAGCUUGGGCUAGGUUGGACCACAAGUUUGACUUGAUGUAUGCCAAACGUGCUUUCGUCCAUUGGUAUGUUGGAGAAGGUAUGGAAGAAGGUGAAUUCUCUGAAGCUCGUGAGGAUUUGGCCGCUCUUGAGAAAGAUUACGAAGAGGUUGGCAUGGACUCCGUCGAAGGAGAAGGUGAAGGUGGUGAAGAAUACUAAACAUCGAAGUUCCAGACAAACCAUGCUUGAUUUUACAACUCCAAAAAUUAAAUUAACCUCAGUAUUUUUUUUUUAUAUGGACAUUUUUAGACAUUUUAUUAUUUAAAAGAAAGCAAACUCAAAUGAAA